AUGACGCCUCCGAGCCGCUGCAUCCCGGGCGGCCGGCCGCACCAGCGCCGCGCGCUCGCUGCUCAGCCCCACGCCGAGCAGCCUGCAGCACGCAUCGCACACGACCCGCCCGCCGCCUGCGGUCCCUGCUCGCCCCGGAUACAGCAGGUAUCGGGCAGGCGUGGUUGCAGGGUCGCGGUCAGAGGCGUGGUUGCCACGGUCACGGUGGGGGCGUGGUCGCAGGUACUGGUGAGAGGCGUGUCGGCAGUAUGGGGGAGAGUGUGGUCGGCAGGUUUAGUUGAGAGUGUGGGGCGUGUGGAGUUCCUCCAGAACUGCCGACUCAACGCCAAGAUAGGACGGCAGGUCUACUACCCUGUAGUGUUCAGCCAGUACAAUCCGGACAUCGUUAAAGCUUACUCGCCAGAAAAGUACACCAAGGACCUGCUAGACAUCAACAAGUACACCGGCAUGUGGCUGCACUAUGGCUUUGGCAUGGCGUGCAUGUUUGGUGUAGACUACAGGGCGGUGGGAGGUUUUCGGCUGGACCUGGCAGGCUGGGGCGGUGAGGACGUGGACCUAUAUGAGAAACACGUAGCGAGUGAUAUCCAGGUGUUUCGUGCGAUGGACCCUGGCCUGAUUCACAUCUACCACGCCAAGAACUGCUCCGCCGCCGCGGCAGGAGCGCGCGGGCAGCCCGACCAGCAGCACAUGUGCAACGCCACCCUUGCCGACACCUACGCAUCCCGCACCCAGCUCGCACUGAUGCUGCUGUCCGGGAAAACUCCCCCGGGUAGUACGUGAUGGUAGCAGACAAGGAAAGCUCCCCCGGGAAGUACGUGAUGGUAGGAGUCGGGGAAGGCUCCCGGACGCAGCUCACACAGAUCCUGUUAUCCGGGAAAACUUCCCGGGAAGAACAUGAUGGUAAGAGAUGGGGAAAACUCCCCCACGACGUACGUGAUGGUAGGAGACCAGGGAAGCAUCCCCGGGAAGUACGUGAUGGUAGCAGAUUGGGAAAGCUCCUGCACGCAGCUUACACAGAUGCUGUGGGAAUGCUCCCUGGGUAGUAGGUGUGUGGAGACAUCUGGAUCACACGAAAGGUGAUGAGUGAGGGUGAGAAUCAAAGUUGAAAAACAGAAGCGGGUUGGGAAGACAGUUUUAUAGGGUUUUUCGUAGAAGUCAAAAAUAGUAGUGGGGUGUGUGCAGUUAGAACACUAUUUGGUAGGAUGUGAGAGAGAUAUAGAUUAGGGUAGUUGGUGACAGAAUGUAUAUAGGUAUAUGGUAUGCCACGGGUAGCAGAAAGCAUUCGAGUUACUAGGGUAGAGUCUGGUGUACUAUGAUGAGCAAAUGACGAUGGUACUGCGAUAUGGUAUGCAAGCAGGAGUAAUUUGAGGUUACCUGGUCAUAAAAUGUCAGUAACGGCUAACAAUCACUACAAAUAGUGCCAACAAAUCUCUCUAGUGAUAUACUUUGGUGUAAUUAUAUUUUUAUUUGACCAGAUGGUUAUUUGUGUUAUUGUGAUUAAUUUAAUAAUUUAUUGUUAUUGAAAAUAUGGUGCAAUAUAAUGUAAUGCUCCUGAUUUUAUAUACAUGCUCAUAUACAUAAUUAUGUUUUCAAUCAUGUUUUGUGAUUUACAUUUGAUGUUAAAUAUGUAGAAUGGUUGUUUUAAAGAAUUCAGUGAAAAGUAAAUUGAAUAUUGUUUAAUGUCGUAUUUUAAUUAUUAAACGUUUGGAAACUGUGCUCUAAAGAAUAGUUUGUGUUUUUAUCAGGAGAAUCUAUUUUUGUGUAUGUAUGUUAUCUAAAUGCUGUGUAAAUAUAUUUUAGAUGAGUAAAUUUGCAGUGUUUGAGGAAAA